CUCUCUUGUUGUUGUUUAGGAGAUUGGGCGCGUGUAAAUAUAAGAAGUUUUGACAAAUCUCAGAAGGUACACCCUAUAUUGGAUCCGCGCUUCAUAUAAAAUGUAAAUAUUUAGCAUAUACGGUGGCAAUUGUCUGUAGGAUUUAACUUCACUCGGGGUCAAUGUAUUGAUCUGCGCGCUUGACAACUUCUAACGAAACAGGAUUUUAAAAUUACACAUGACGAACACAUACAUGGAUUUCGAAAGAAAAGGUGUGUCGCUGAAUAGGAAGUAUAUAUGAGCAGGAAAUAGCUAAAUAAAUAGCCAUCCGUAUACAUGCACUUGUACAUUUGAAAGGAAAUUAUACCGGUGUAGUAACUGGAUUUAAACAGCGAUGGCAGAAAAGGAGAAAUGUAUAUGCAUUGUUGGGGUUGCUGUUGGGAUACCCGUUUUAUUAAUUGUGAUCCUCGUUCCAGUUAGUUUUUCCACGUUAGAGUAUUACGAGUUUGGAUUCAAAAGACAGAAAUCAACAGGAUCUGUAGACAAGGCAGAGGUAUACACCACGGGGAAAUACCUUAUAGGCCCGGAUGCAGAAUUCAAGGUUUUCAGCUCAGAUGCACAUUUCAUCACACUGAAAGAUGUGGCAAUUUUCACCGCUGACAAACUUGAGGUGAAAAUGACAGCUCAUCUACAGUACUUUCUCCGCAAAGACCAACUUGUUCUUCUUCAUGACACUUAUGACACUGACUAUCGAGACAUUGUGAAAAACAGUGCUCUGGACGCACUAAAGGGUUCUACCACUGGAUACAACACAAGAGAAUUAAUUGCAAAUCGUAAGAGGAUGGAGCAAACAGUAUACAAGGCAGUUCGUGACAGACUCGGGGGCACCUGUUGUAGACCGGACUGUUCGUCCUAUGCUUACGCAUGUCCAACUGGUUGUAAGACGUCAUGCACUAGUGCAGAUAAAGGUUAUUACGUAGACGUCAAAUACUUCCAUCUCGGACAAAUUACGAUUCCAAACGACGUCCAGAGUCAGUUCAUGAAAGCUUUAACGCUACAAGAGGAGGCUGAUAGAGAACAACUUUUACAGGAUGCCCAAGUCGUCAGAAAAAACACGACAGCAAUGGUACAGUUGAUAAAGAACGAGGCUGCGGAAAUACGAGAGAACGGGACGGCCAUAGCGAAUCUCAUCACUGUAACAGCGCAGGCUAACUACUCGGCUACCCUAGAAUCCGCCCGCUCCGACGGACUUAAAGCGGUUUUCUCAAGUUUGGGCUUCACACAACAGCAGUACAAGAGCAGCUUUGAUUACUUGAAAACACUCCGCGGAUUUGACAAGGCUCAUCUAACUGUUGACUUCCAGCAGAGGAUUGUUGGGAAUUUGUAAGGCCAUGGACUGACACAUAUGUGUGACAUAAUAUGCGUAUUUGCCAUGUUAAAUUGAAUUUUUCUUUUACCGUGUCAACUGAAAGAAUACUUUAAGAUUUCGAUACAUUGAUAAUUUAGAAUCACAUGAGAAGGAACACUGAGAAAUAUAAUUUUUAUAUAAUCUAAGUAAACAUGGUCUGUAUAAAGUGAAACACGGCUAUAGCGAACCUCCAGGGCCAUGAAAAUUAAGCACGUUAUAAUGAAACUUUGUUUUAUCCAAUACAAUUGUCAUGUUCAUUUCGUUUGAAAUAAGCAGAAAAUCGUUAACAGCAUGUUUAUUAUAAGCGUGUUUUACUGUACAUGAAAUGAGAAUAAGAUAGGAUACAGUUAUUUCUGAAAUGUAUUAUAGAUAUGUUAUUUUGUGCCAAAAUUUAUUCUCGGCUGGAAACCUACCUCUUUAGUUUACUCAUUGGUGGAAUUUCAAGUAAACUGAUAAACCGGUAAACUCGAAGUGCCCUGCAUAAUAAUCAUGAUAUGACUGGUUUAAACCAGUAAACUAGAAGUGUCCUAAAAUAUUGAUCAUAAUAUGACUGGUUUAAACCGGUUAGCUGGAAGUACCCUGCCUGAUAUGUAAUCAUCUGUCAAUUCUACAUGUAAAUAUAACUUUUCUUUGUAUUCAAAGUUCAUCAUUAUCAAUUACUUGUUAUACAUACAUGUACCUCUGCAGUGUAGUAAAUGAGUUUACUUUCAAAUAACAUACUUUCACUUUAUGUAGACUUAAAACAUUUUUGUGACGUCCUUGUUUUGUUCUCAGAGUCUCAUAUUUCUCCGACUGGACUGUUUGUAGUCUAGUGUUAAUGCUAUUUAUACUGUAACAAAGGAUGACGUCACACAAAUCUUUACAAAAGGAAUAAAAAGGGACACGCAUAGAAAAGGGUAUUAUAUAGAGAGAAAAAACCACCCGCUGUAACCCAAAUCAAGCGUAAAGAUUGUUCAAAAUAAGAAAUAUCACUAAAUCCAAUCAAAAUAUCUACUCGAACCACAGAUGGUGAAACGUCGAAAACGCAAUUGAAGUAUCGGACGUACGUUCAUAUUAUAAAUGUGUGGCCAAACAGUUGAUUAAUCCUUCGGUCUCUAAAUAAUAAUGAUAAUUCAUUGCUUUGUUUUUUAAAAAAAUGUUUUAAGUAAUAUGUACCAGUCCCACAUCUAACAUAUAAUUAAAUAGACCAUCUUCUUGUGUCCCUUUCCUAUACUACACGCACAUACAGGACAUGUGAACACAUGCGCUAGUAUAAGUAAAUGUUCAAGACAGAGUACAGCGUGUAAAUAUUCAACAUGCCCACAUGCUUUAUGUUGAAAUAAAAACGAAAAUAAUUAUUUUCCGUUUUAAGAAAAUUCUAAAAAAAUCACAAUCUAGUGAGAUUACGGACAGAAAAUAUUUGUUUAUGUAGAUCAUAGAGUUCUUUAUGUAUAAAAUUGUAGCAUUUUAUACCCCCCUUUGAAAAAGAGGGGGCAUAUUGUUUUGCAACUGUCGGUCGGUCGGUCUGUAGACCAUGUGUUGUCCGCUCAAUAUCUUUCGACCCCUUUGCUUGAUAACAACCAAACUCGGUACAGGGGUUGCCCCUGGAGAGUAGAUGAUCCUUAUUGAUUUUCAGGUCACAUGGUCAAAGGUCAAGGUCAAACUGCUGGUCUUUACCCCAUGUGGUAGACCAUGUGUUGUCCACUCAAUAACUUUUGACCCCUAUGCAUGAUAACUACCAAACUUGGUACAAGGGUUGCGCUUGGGGAGUAGAUGAUCCCUAUUGACCUUCAGGUCACAUGGUCAAAGGUCAAGGUCAAACCUCUGGUCUUAAGCCCAUGUGUUGUCCGCUCCAUAUCUUUUGACCCCUUUGCUUGGUAAUAGCCAAAAUUAAUACAGAGGAUUUCCUUAGAGAGUAGAUGAUCCCUAUGGAUUUUCAGGUCACGUGGUCAAAGGUCAAGGUCAAACUGCUGGUUUUAACUCCAUGUGGUAGACCAUGAGUUGUCCGCUCAAUAUCUUGAGAACCAUUCACUUGAUUGUAAUGAUAUUUCAUAUGUGGGUUGGUUAUAAAGAGAAGAGGACCCCUAUUGUUUUUCAGGCCAAAAGGUUAAAGGUCAAGGGUCAAUCUACUCUGGACAUAGGAAUAUACUGUUCGCUCAAUAUCUUGAGAACCCUUUGCUUGACAAACAUCAGACUUGGUACACUGGUACAUCAUCAAGAGAAGAUGUCACCUAUUGAUUUUGAGGUCACAUGGUCAAGGGUCAAACUGGACAUAGGAAUAUAUUGACCACUGAAUGUUUCAAGAAUCCUUUGCUUGACAGACAUCAAACUUGGUACACUGGUAUAUCUUUAGAAGAAGAUGACCCAUAUUGAUUUUGAGGUCACAUGGUCAAGGGUCAACUGGACAUAGGAAUAUACUGUCCGGUCAAUAUCUUGAGAACCCUUUGCUUGACAGAUAUCGAACUUGGUACACUGGUACAUCUUCAGGAAAAAAUGACCCCUAUUGAAUUUGAGGUCACAUGGUCAAAGGUCAAGGGUCAAACUGGACAUAGGAAUAUACUGUCCCUUCAAUAUCUUGAGAACCCUUUGCUUGACAGACAUCAAACUUGGUACACUGGUACAUCAUAAGGAGAAGAUGACUACUAAUGAAUUUGAGGUCACAUGGUCAAGGGUCAAACUGGACAUAGGGAUAUACUGUCCCUUCAAUAUCUUGAGAACCCUUUCCUUGACAGACAUCAAACUUGGUACACUGGUACAUCUUCAGGAGUUGAUGAUCCCAAUUGAUUUUUAGGUCGCAUGGUCAAUCCACUCUUGACAUAGGAAGAUAUUGUCUGCUCAAUAUUUUGAAUUGAUGAUACUACUCUCAAUUAAAUGAUGUGUGUGUGUAUAACCCUUUUCAAUUUUGCACCAUGGGGGACAUAUGUGUCUUACAAACAUCUCUUGGGUUUUUUAAAUUCUGUUUACUUUGAUGCAUGUUCAUUAUUAUUUUAUGACCUUUUCAGAGUAAUGAUAGUUCGUGUUUGAGAAGAAUUUAGCCAUCACAGUAUAUCUAAAAUUAGCGUAUUUUUGAGAAUUGAUUGAGGUAUGUAAAGAAUGUGGUGGUACUUUUCAUUUAAUGCUAUAAAAUUCAUGAAGUUAA